AUGGCGAGCGCGGCCAAGCGGGUCCGCCGCGAGCCCGGCCCCGGCGCCCUGGCCGCCUUCCUCGAGUGGUGCGGCGACGCCGGCCUGGUGCUGAGCCCCAAGGUCUGUGUGAGCAGAGAAGGCACAGUGACUGAUUAUGGCUUGAUAGCCAGAGAGGACCUUCAAGCUGGAGAAGUCCUUUUCACUGUCCCAAGAAAUGCACUCCUUUCACAACAUACAAGCUCCUUGUCUUCCCUUUUGGAGAAAGAACAAGCCUCCUUGGAAAGUCAGUCCGGCUGGGUCCCCCUCCUGAUUGCUCUUCUUCACGAAUCCACAAUCAGUAACUCUUACUGGGGGCCUUACUUUUCCUUGUGGCACGACUUUAGUGGUCUGGAUCAUCCUAUGUUCUGGAGUGAGGAAGAGCGGCGGAGGCUUCUACAGGGUACGGGGGUCUCAGAAGCUGUGGACAAAGACCUGGCCAAUAUCCAGACAGAAUAUUCCUCUGUCAUCCUGCCCUUCCUGAAGGCCCAUCCAGAAAUCUUCAACCCCAAGGUGCACACACUGGAGCUGUACAAGAAGCUGGUGGCAUUUGUCAUGGCCUACAGUUUCCAGGAGCCUUUGGAGGAGGAUGCGGAAGAUGAGCCCAACCCUCCUGUAAUGGUGCCCGUGGCAGACCUUUUGAAUCAUGUGGCCAAUCACAAUGCCAACUUGGAAUAUUCCCCGGAAUGCUUGAAAAUGGUAGUGGUUCAGCCCAUCCGCAAAGGCCAAGAGGUGUUCAACACGUAUGGGGAGAUGGCCAGUUGGCAGCUCCUCCAUAUGUAUGGCUUUGCUGAACCGUAUCCUGGCAACAGGGAUGAUGCUGCUGACAUCCAGAUGUUGACGCUGUACAAAGCCGCUCUGCAAGUUACAAAAACAGAUGCAGAGAAGCAGCUGGUAUUGGACCAGUGGGAUCUUCUUUGUCAGAUGGAGAUGGUGGGUGAGGAAGGAGCCUUUGUGAUUGGCUGGGAAAAGGUCUUGACCGGAGAGGAGUUGUCCAUGGCGUUGAAGGUGUUGGGUAUGUCUGCAGAGGAGUUCAAAGAAUUCAAAGAGCAAGAGGACUGGGCAGACAAAAUGGGCGAGAAUGGGAACACUGACUUGACACUCUCCAUGAUACCAACAUUCAAGGCAUCUUGGAAGAAACUGCUCUUUGAUGCCACACUGCUAACUCUGCAGGCAUACAGCUCUGAUUUGAAAGCAGAGGAAGAAAUGCUCAGUGACCAACAGGCCUUUUCAAAACUGAGCUGCCGGGAACGGUUUGCCCUGCAAGUGCGUUAUGGACAAAAGAAAAUUUUGCACCAGUUACUUGAGCUAGUAAGUUCAUAGUAGCAAAGCAAAAG